AUGAACACUGCCUUAGGCGCAGGCUUGGUUUCAGGAUCUAUUGAUGCAUCAUUAGAGGAGAUCGAGGUGCGACUGAAUGAUCCCGAGCACACUUCGCAAGAUGAAGUUCGGGUCGGCCCCUUCGCAGUACUUAACAUCUCUCUUGGUUCUUGCAAGUUGCAUAGCACCCAGACGGAAUCUACUGUGGAGGCACAAAAUGUGCCUGAUAAUACCAAUUUCCCCACCAGCGAUAUGCUUCCGGGAGUCAGCAGUUUCUCGUCGGUGGUAGAUCCUCUCUCUUCUUUGGACGAUACUCUACACUUUUCAGACCUGUUUGGUUUCAAUUCCGACCUUCUCGGGAUCAUGUUUGAAAAUCUCCCUGAAACGGCAGAUUGCCUGUAUCCUGAAUGCUUUCCUCUCCUGCCUAUUUCCGAGACCUCGGCAAGCAAUCCAGCAUUAGUCCAAGAUGGGACUGUAACGUUCACAGGUCAGGCAGAUUGCACUCAACAGACUGACAUGGAUGCAACCAUAUCGCGACAGGACACUCAAAAUACUCCAGUAUUGCAAUUGGAAUCGUCACUUGAUUUGUUGGCAGAUGCGCCGUUCUUGCUGAAGAAUUUUCGGGAGAACGUGAUUCCUCUAAUGACACUCAUCCCCCUUGGCAAAAAGACUCCAUGGGAAAUAGUGAGCCUACCAGCUGCCAUGUUGACUCUGGGUGAGUUGACGAUUUUCAAGUCUGAAGAUAUCAGUCACGCUCGUCGAGCUCAUUUUCACGUUCUCCUGGCCCUUUCCGCCAUGCACCUGACAUUGAAUACUUCCCGUGAAGCAGUAGCCUCGACUGAGCACUGGAUGCAAAUCGCUGGGGAAAAUCACCGUCAAGCCAAGGUCCAUAUGCAAAUGUCACUCCGGGAAGAGAUCAGCGGGUUGAAAAAGGCAAAGGACAAGGAUCAAUUCAUGGCAAGUUGUGCAAUGGCCGAGUUUGCAAUUUUCUCCGGGCUUUUCGUUGAUGCAAGAUGUCACCUGCUCGACGCAGAACGGCUUCUGCGUCUCCGUGGACUGGCGAAACCUAGAACAUCCCGCAAGAUGCGUCUGCUUCUGAACGUAUAUACAUGGCUCCGCAUAAUGGGGGAGAGCACAUACGUCCUCCACGACUACCGGCCCUCAGAUUCAUUGAUAGAAGCACUCAAUAGCCAUUAUCGACCUGGCGGACCAAGGACAGUGAACAACUCCUAUAAUUUGAACCAAGAGGACCACCGAUUAGACGACUUUCUUCACUUCACCCCCUGGGACUCUGACAGUGACCUGGAUAUUGAUGAACCAAAAGACCGUGAAAUGGACAUUCCCGAUAUCCACUUACAAGAUUCACGCAAGUCAUCCGAGAGCCUUUACAAACAGGUCUAUGGCAUUCCGGAGACUUGGCUUAGUCUGGUCUCACAAACAACACGACUGGCCAACGUUAUGGAGACCAUAAGGGUAGCUCCAAUCACAGAUUGGCAGAACUGCCAGAAGAUCCGGAAUGCUCUACACCAACGAAGUGUCCGUCUCGAGAACGUUAUAAACUCUUUCAAUCUCAAAAGUCUCCAGGCCAGCGAACCUAAUCGGCCAGAAGGUCCAAGAGAACUGUAUGGAUUAAUGCUACAAGCCCUCUGCGCCGCUCUGGUCGUCUUUUUCUACCGACGAAUUCGCAAUGUUCAUCCCGCGAUUUUGAAGGAUCAAGUGGACACCGUGGUUACGACUCUUCUGGCGUUUGAUGCCGCGCUUUCACCGAGUGAUAGCAAGGGGUCUGGCACAUUAUGGCCAUUAUUUGUGGCUGGUUGUGAGGCAAUAACUGACCGACAGCGCAUCGCUGUAUUGAAAUUACUGGAAAAGGGAGAAAUAAGACAAGGGAUUGCACCGUUCACUACCGCCAAGGAUAUCAUGACUGAGCUAUGGAGAAAACAGGAUGUCCAUUUAGCUACCAAUCAAGGCGAGUCUGUUCCCACUUGGAUUGAUGUAGUGCGCGAGCGGCAGAUUUGGCCUACGUUUUGUUGA